AUGAAAGCUAGAAAAUAUUUUCGAGAAGCCUACGAAAAAGGAGAAAUUGUGAUGGAGGAUGGACUAAUAGAAAAAAGAUAUGAAAGCAUAGACAAGCCUAUCACAAUUUUCAAGAUUAUGUAUGUUGUCCCUUCUCUAGUGCUAAGUCUAUAUUUGGGAUGGAAAGCUAAGAAGAAAAAAGGCUGGCUUGAAGGGAUUUAUACCACUGUGGUGUCUCUCACUGGGUUUGCAUUAUUGCUUCAAAUUAUUCCAUGGGUUGUGGAGCAUGAAAACUUGACGAAAGAAAUCAUGAAAAAAUAUGAAAAACAGUGAAUGCCAAAGCCUAGAACCUAUAAGUAA